CAGGAGCAAACCCUCACAAAGGGAAAAAACCAUUCAAAGGAGAGUUGAGCUGAACUUCUGGAAUCCAAGGGUAGCUGCAAACAUGAAAGUUGUGGUCCAGCCUAUUCUAGUUGCCUUAUUCUUAAGCAGUGGUAUUUGGUGCCAGGACAUAUCAAACUAUUUAGAGCGUAUGGAAUACUUUUAUGAAUGCCCUAAAGAGUGCCGAUGCCCUCCUAACUUUUCUAAUGCCCUGUACUGUGACAGCCAAAACCUCAAAGAGAUGCCCAAAGUGCCAUCAAGGGUCUUGUAUGCGUACUUUCAGAACAAUCUCAUUGAAGCACUUUCAGAGAAGUCCUUCAAGAACAAGACUCAUUUGAGUUGGCUAAACUUGAAUAAGAACAAGAUCACAAGCAGCAAAAUUGAUAAAGGUCUCUUUCAGAAGAUGGAAAACCUGCUGUAUCUGUACUUGGAAGAUAAUAAUCUUGAAGAAGUUCCUGCACCCCUGCCAAACAGCCUAGAGCACUUGCGCCUGGCCAGGAACAAGAUUUCCAGCAUUGCUGAGGGAUCUUUCACCAACCUAGAGAAGCUGAUGGUGCUGGACCUGCAGGGGAACAACCUGAGAGACUUUGCCAUUGAGGUGAACACUUUUCAAGGACUGAAGGCUCUGAUGCAGCUCAAUUUGGCCACAAAUGGCUUGAAGGAAAUGCCCCAGCAGGUCCCCGCUUCAACUCUGCAACUCUUCUUGGACAAUAAUGCCAUUAAAGCAAUACCACAGAACUACUUCAGCAGUCUGCCCAAGCUGUCUACCAUCAGGUUGAAUCAUAAUGAGAUUUCUGACACUGGAAUACCUGAAACUGUUUUUAACGUGUCAUCCAUUUUAGACUUGCAGUUGUCACAUAAUCAGCUCACUGCAGUUCCACCCAUCCAUUUAAGUCUUGAACAUUUGUACCUUGACCACAACCAAAUCAAAAAAAUUAAUGGAGCUCAAGUCUGCCCCAUACCUGUCAACACAAUUGACCACACGACCUCAAGGGAUCAACAGCCUCGUCUCCGCUACCUCCGCCUUGACGGCAAUGGAAUCAAGCCUCCCAUCCCACUUGAGCUUUUGAUGUGUUUUAGGCUCCUUACUGGGAUUGUGAUUUAAACAAAUAAAACCUACUCUCCAAAUUAGUUCAGAGAGGGAAAAAGAAAUGCAAGUCUUGCUGGUCUAGUACUUGCAGUUUGAGAUGAUUCCUAGUUGUAUACCUUCUAAACUGGGAGAAAAAAAAGGGGGACAAAUAAUAAUCUAGUAAUGGCAGAAAAGCAUUGGCAGAAAUUCAAGUGCACUAGUUUGGAAUAAAUACUGCUAGGAACUACAUUGAAAUGAAAUCUCUGGCCAGUAAAAGAACAGUCACCACCUGGUAUAAUUGUUUGGGCAGAUUUUCCAAGCUCUCAUUUGUAGUUAGGUAUCUGAUUCUCUGCAAGUUUGGACUGGAAAAUUGGUACUCUUUAGUCCGUCUUCAUGCCUACAGUAUCUCAAAUAUCUUAACCAGACCAAAGUGCUAUCUGCUAUUUGGUCUGUUAGCAGAACCUAUCUGAUGUUGAUAUUAUACAUUGAUCCUUUCUCUGACGAAUUAACUGCUUAUUGUUUGAUAGAGGGUUUACAAGGCAUGCAUUUUUUUUUAUUCAUUCAUGGGAUGUAGGCAUUUAUUACCCAUCCCUAGUUGGCCCUUUGUUUAGAGGGCACUUCUGGAGUCACACAUAGGCCAGCAGAUUUCCUUCCCUAAAGGGGCAUUAAUGAACCACAUAGAUUUUUACAGCAAUUGACAAUGGCAGUUAUCAUUAGAUAAUUCCAGAUUUUCAUUUAAUUCAAAUUCCACUGCCUGCUAUAGUAGGAUAUGAACCCAGGUCCCCAAAACAGGUCUCUGAAUUACUAGGCCAACAACAAUACCACUACGCCAUCACCUCCCGUAGGCACCUUUUAGGUUGAGGUUGUGUCAUCACCAACACAUCUUCCUAGUUAUGGUGAAAAUCAAAUUUGGAACUUUUAAGCCAUAUUGUACACAUUCAAUUCAAAGCAAAAACAAAAUAACUUGCUUGUUACCCCAUCAUUGUCUUCCUCUGAUCUAUAGGACAUUGUUACUUCAUCUUAGGACUUCAGCUGCUAAGGAUCCAGCAGGAAAUAUCCCAAAUACAAAGACUGGAAAUCUGAAAUACAAGCAGGAAAUGUUGGAAAUAUCACAUCAUUGGAAGAAAUCUGGAACUCUCUCCUCGCAAAAGGCUGUGAAUGUAAGGGUGUGAUUGGAGUUUUCAAGACCAAAAUAGGUGGAUUUGUGUUAGGUGAGGGUGUCAAGGGAUAAAGAUCAAAGGCAGGUUUUUUAUUCAUUCAUUGGGUGUAGGUGUCACUGGCCGGACCAGCAUUUGUUGCCCAUCCUUAAUUGCUUGU